GCAUUGCAUUGUGGGAAAAAGGAGCUAGUCGCCAUCUUGCUUUAGCGCCGCAAGUUAUCAGGGUAGAAUAAUAACCACGUUUGAAUGAAUAUUUUUGAGACAUACGAGUGUUUUAACAAUUCGAUUUGAGCAUAUAUUGCAGGUAGUGGGGUGUACGAGUGUGUAGGUGGAACACCGUGUUGUUUAUUUGGAAUAUUUCCGACUUUUAGAAGUAGUUAACUGGGAUUUUUUUUAGACUUGAGGUGAUCAUGGGUCGAUCUAGAAGUCGCAGUUCGUCCCGUUCCAAACACUCCAAAAGCAACAAGCACAGCAAAAAACGGACCCGGUCGCGUUCACGGGACAAAGAGAGGACCAAGAAACGAUCCAAGUCCCGUGAAGCGAAGAGGAACCGGCGCAGAGAAUCACGUUCUCGUUCCCGGUCAGCUACAGCAUCGACCCGUAGGGAAAGGGAGAGAGCGGUCACACCGCCGGAGAGAAUUGACAUAUUCGGCAGGACACUGAGCAAGAGAAGCGCCUUGGACGAAAAACAGAGAAAAGAGGAAGAGGAGAAGAAAGUCGAAAUGGAAAGACAGAGGAAGAUCAACCCUCCCCUCUUUCUCUCGCCACCCUUGCCGUGCAGCCGGCAGGUGGAGGUAGAGGAGAAGCUGAUCGAGGAGGAGACGGCGCGUCGCGUGGAGGAGCUGGUGGCCAAGCGGGUGGAGGAGGAGCUGGAGAAACGUAGGGACGAGAUCGAGCGGGAGGUGCUGCGACGUGUGGAGGAGGCCAAGCGCAUCAUGGAGCACCAGCUGUUGGAGGAGCUGGAGAAACAGAGGCAGACAGAGCUACAGGCCCAGAAGGCCAGAGAGGAGGAAGAACGAUCCAAACGGGACGAGCUGGAGAAAAUCCUGGAGGAGAAUAACCGCAAGAUCGCCGACGCUCAGGCCAAACUGGCUGAGGAGCAGUUGCGUAUCGUAGAGGAGCAGAGAAAGAUUCACGAGGAGAGGAUGAAGCUGGAUCAGGAUCGCCAGCGGCAACAGAAGGAGGAACAGAAAAUGAUCCUGGGCAAAGGAAAGUCCCGGCCCAAGCUCUCCUUCUCCCUCAAAGCCACCGAAUGAGUCUCCCAUCCCUCCUCUCUUCCUUCUCCUACCCUUCUCAUCCCACCCAGCACUCUGCUCCUCCUCCUCCUCUCUGGAACGCUAGCUGUGUGGAAGGCUGAAUGAAGGGUAGCCCACGGCACCGUCCUGCUCUACAGACCUUUCCCAACCAAGCCUUGGAGGGAGGCCCACCCACCUUCAAACACCUGUUUCGCCGCUUGACCCCUUUGACCCCCCCCACACCCAGUGACUAUUGUUUGUGCUUUUUUAUUUUAAUUUUUAAGGAUUUGAUCUGUCACUACUUGGUCUUCUUACUGAGGCCCACGAGCGGUUGAGUGACCUUUGUUUCCACAGGGUGUUCUGUUGAAGCUUAUUAAAACUGUGGGGUUUAGGAGUUGGCCUAGGUUUUCCUGUUCCGUAUGUGUCUAACGUAGAAAGACCAUUUCCCCAAGCAGGGCUAACCUAAAGUGAUGCUGUAGGCUAGGCUAACCUAAAGUGAUGCUGCAGGCUAGGCUAACCUAAAGUGAUGCUGCAGGCUAGGCUAACCUAAAGUGAUGC